AUCGACUUGAACCUACCUCCAUGCCAUGUCGGUAUAGCGGGCUGGCCAGGCUCCCCGCCUGCCGCGCAGGCUCUACCUCGUACAGCCAUCAUGGCGCCAAACUUGCGCGAAUACCCACGCAUGCCCGAACCCGGUCUCGGGCGUAUAGCGAUCAGACUCCAUCCCAGGAUGCGCCCCCCUUGCAAAAGGCUGAACCAAAGGCGGCGCCCAUAAGCAAGGAGCUAGCCACCGCUAUACAUGCCAAUGCGUCGUACCGGACUCUGAUUACGAAGGCUGAAGCUCUCGUCCUCGAUGUCCUGCCAACACAAACGAUCGAGGGCACUGUUGAGGACCAGCGGUUCUGGCGACAUCUACUCGAGCACUCACGUUCGGGACUGGAGGGCGUGGAGAAGGAGCUGCGUGAGGGAAAGUCUCCUGCUCAGUUGAAUAUCCUCGUAUGCGGCUUGGGGGAGGACUCUGGCUCGCAAGAGCUGGUCACCUCGUUGACAGAGGAACCCUUCUCAUCAACGACGACGGCGACACGAUGGGAAGAGGUUGAUGCUGGUGCCCGUCAUUCGGAGGCGCAGCUUGACGGAGUCCCAAAACUAGUUGUCAAUGCCCCCUGGCUAUCCACCCUCAACGCGCAGAUUCUGGAGCUACGCGACCCUUUGCAAGCGAGGACCCUGCUCUCCGCCUAUAAAGCCGACAUCCCCAUCAUCGUGCGCAACCCAGCCACCACUCCCUCCCCCAAUCUCCCCGUCCCCACGCACAAUCCCCUCCGCCUUUUCAUCGCCAACGCCCCACCCCGCGGCCCCCUUCCCGACCAUCCGACAACGCUCGCAGUCGACACCCGCCGCGCCGCGACCGCGCUGACGACCCUCAACGCGAACCCCACCUCGCCUGCGGCUGUUCAGCUCUACCAGCACGACUUCGCCGCGUCCAAUAUCUCCGCCGUCUUCGAGGCUAUCCGCGCGCGCGUCUCGGGCCUUGGGUCCGCGCGGCGCGACGCUCGACGGACGUAUGCCCAGGGCGUGCUCCUGGGCGCACUCAACGCGUGUCGGGACGCUUUGGCGACUGCGCGCGCGGAGUGUGACGUAGUUGAAGACAGGGUGAGCGCGCUCGAGCGGCGCGCGGAGGAGUACAAGGCGACAGUGCCACGCACGGUGCUGCAGGACGGCAAGCAUGUCCGCCGCGCGCUGGAGCACACGGAACGGCGGCUGGGCGACGUGCUCGACCGGCUGACAUGGUGGCGGAUGGUGGCGCGCGUGGACGAGGUGUCGGUCGUCGUGGCGGACGCCGUCGAGCGGCUGUGGUGCCAGGAGCUCGAACAGCAUCUCAUCUACCACACCGGCCAGCUCGCCGCUGCCCGCGCCGACUUGACCGCACAAGCCGUGUCGACCAUCGAAAGCGCCGGCCCCGCCUUCGCCUCCGCCCUUCUGCGCAACGACCUGGACGCUCUCGCCGGCGCGCCGUCCACCGCCCUUUCCCCCUCCGUCCUCACCUCCCCCGUGCACGCGCGCCGCGCGCAGAUGACCCACUACGCCACCCCGCGCUUACAUCGGUCCGCGCAGCGCUCUUUCCUGGUUGCUAUGGGCGGCGCAGGGCUGGGCACUGGCACCGCGAUCGCGUCGUCGUUCGCGAGCUUGGGCAUCGCGGAGGGCGUGCUGAGCAACCUGCUGUCGGCGGGCUUGACGCCGGGCACGGCGGCGGGCGCGGGGGUGCUGUUGGCGCUGGCGAGCGUGAGGGUAGCGAUUGGGAGGUGGGAGAAGGCGAAGCGGCGCUGGUGGGGCGAUUGGAAGAGGGUGUCGGAGGGGUUGGAGAGGGAUCUGUCGACGACGCUGGACACCGUACUGCGUGAACGCGUAUGCGCCGUCCCCAACGCUGCGUGCAAAGGGCUCCUUCGACGCGUAGAGCAGCGACACGAAGUCAUCGACGGACAAGAGGAGACCCUACGCUCCCUAGAGGCCGAGGCAAGGACACUGGGGACUGGGAAGGCCGAGAAGUCGUAG